AUGUGGUCUGUGUAAUUAUUCGCUGAUGAAUAACGCGGUGCUAGGAGACAUAUAAAUAGGGAUGGAUUUUUUGGGAGAUCAUCAUAAUUAAACAGUUUGUGUUCACGCAAAGACAUCUCAAGUCGACUAAAUUCUAAUCAUCAUGUUCAAAUACUUGGUAUUCGCUAUUGUCUUGGCUUUGGCUACAGCUGCCCCAGCUCCAGAACCAGCACCAGUUCCGGCACCAGCUCCGGGAGGUUUAGGCGCAGUUGCUUAUUCCUCACUACUCGCUUCACCAUACGCAUAUACUGCCGGUUCGCCGUACGUACGAUCAUAUGCUUCGCCAGUUGCUUAUUCAUCCGGACUUACUUAUUCGUCACCGGUGGCAUAUUCAGCUUACGCCUCACCCUUGACUUACUCGUCACCAUUGACUUACUCGUCACCAUUGGCCUAUUCGUACUACUAAAUUUUUCUCGCAAAAAGAAUAGUACAUAAAACGAUGCAUCAACUCCAUUCAAAUCAACCGAAUGUACGAACAAAAUCGAUGUAUGUUUCGACUUUUCUGGAAUAAAUUUUCUAACUUUCACUCAAACGAAAAUAAAAGGUUGUCUUUA